UGCUGACAUUAUAGCUGUUACGUCAAAACGCUCCUGCUAUUUAUCUGGGGUAGCUUUAAAUGCAUAGUAGUUGUGUGUGUGUGUGUGUGUGAGAGAGAGAGAGAGAGAGAGACAGGUUUGACUGUGUAUUUCAGUCAGUGUGUGUGAAGCUCGGGGAAGAGCUGCAUCUGUUUCUCUCCAUCUUAUUUCUUUUUGGACUUCAAUGGUUUUUUUUUACGGCUCAUAAUUAACAUCACAAUUUAUUCAAACUGGAGACGCGGGAAGCGCUUCGCGGAAUAAUCUCGUUUGUUCAACUCUGUGACGGUUAGUGACGGUUAGUGACGGUUGGGCGCUAAACUCCCGCGCGGAUCCGAAUCAUGUGAGCGCCGCUGACUGAACCGAACCCGAACUCGAACUCGAACCGAGAGGAAGUGGAACCCUGGAUCGAUCAGACCCUGACCCCUGUCGCACUGAUCGAGCUGAUCGAAUGGAUUGAUCCGGAGCGCCAGGAUGAGCAUGAGGGAUCUUCAGGAAGUCCUCACUCAGGUCCUGCUGCUGGUUCUCCUCCUGGGAUCUCCAGCACACUCCAGGGAACAUCAAGUGGUGCGGAUGGGAGCGUGUGAGGUGGUGGCUUUACACCGAUGCUGUAAUAAGAACAAGAUCGAGGAGCGUUCGCAGACCGUCAAGUGCUCGUGUUUCCCGGGACAAGUGGCAGGAACCACUCGAGCGGCUCCGUCCUGCGUAGACGCCUCUAUCGUCCAGCAGAAGUGGUGGUGUCAGAUGGAUCCGUGUCUGGAUGGAGAGGAUUGUAAAGUGCUGCCGGAUCUCAAAGGCUGGAGCUGUGCUACGGGGAACAAGAUCAAGACCACGAAGAUCUCCUCAGACCGGGACCAGCUCUGGUGAGCGCUGGAACCUGAUCAGGCACACACAGAGAGGAUCAGGGGGUGUUUGUGGGACUCUUACAGCGCUGGUGUGAGACGAUCAUAACCUCGACUGAUCCGAUGGAGGUCACAGAGAUCCUCUAAAACAUCAUCUUCAUCAGGCGUCAGAUGGAUGAUGGGAAAACACAGAUGAACAUUUAGUUCCUGCAUCUCUUGAGGUUCUGAUAUGAAUUAUAUCCAAUGAAAUCAUAUCAAAGAAGACGUUUGAUCCGUGUAAAUGAUGCGUACGCUCAUAAUAAACCAUGAUUGUCUUAAACUGCUGGCUUUUAUCUUCUCCUGGGCUUUCUCUGUGUCCAGAUGUUUUCCAGGUGAGGUGGGCGGAGCAGGAAGUGCUUCAUGACCCCCAGGUGACCCUCAGUCGUUCACUCAGCCAGAGAAUCAGUGAAUCACUUGAGUGAUUCAUUUGGACAGAACAGAUGCCCAGCUAACGGAGCGUUCUCUAAACGUUUCGUCAAGGUUCUUUUAAUGUUGUGAAUAUUGCUUUGAAUCCGAGUGAAUAGAUGAUCACAGCGCUCUCUUAAUUUAGUCUGUCAGUGCUGCUGUUGAAAAUGCAAAACAGUAAAAACAAUCCCAGACGGGGUUAACACACAAGACGUUCACUGCUGGCCCUUUAAUGUGUGCAUAUGCGUUUAUAAUAUAUGAAAUUUGUUUUUUAGUUAUAUGAAAUUAAUCCUCAGUCAAGAGAAAAUUCCCAGUGAGAUCAGUGUCUUUAUGGAAAGCAGUGUAUUCUGGGAUUUUUCAGGAGAA